AUGCCUCCUCAACCACUAGACGCGACGCCCGAGCAGAAGGCACAGGUCGGAGAAGAGGACAAGACUCCUAAACAACUACCUAAAGGCGUGGUCUUAGGCCCUGAUGGCAAGCCAUGUCGGUCAUGCACAUCCGUGUCCUCGUGGUUCGCCAUGGCAAAGCAGGGUACAGCGAAUCCUUCCAAGAUAGCCACCACAACACCGCCAGCGCAAGCAACCGCGUCUCUCGAUAUGCCAGCCGACUGCCCACCCGAUGUAGAACAGCUUGGUCGCUCAGCAUGGACUCUCCUCCAUACCAUGGCAGCAAGCUACCCAGAGAAGGCUUCACCUGAGCAGCAAAGAGAAACAACGACGUUUAUGCAACUGUUUGGCAAGAUGUACCCUUGCUGGGUAUGCGCAGACGACUUCAGAGCAUGGAUGAAGGACGGCAAUGAGCCGCGCGUGAGCAGCAGACAAGAUUUCGGACAAUGGAUGUGCGAGGCGCAUAACGCAGUCAAUGUCAAAUUGGGCAAGAAGUCGUUUGACUGUAGGAAAUGGGAAGAACGAUGGAGAACUGGCUGGAAGGACGGACGAUGCGGUUGA